AUGAAUGAUACAUAUGCAGUAGAUGAUACGGAUGCUGUAGAUAAUACGGAUGCAGUAGAUAAUACGAAUGCAGUAGAUAAUAUGGAUGAUACAAAUGCAAUGGAUGUGGUGGACAAUAAUCAAUUUAAAAAAAGAGGAGGUUCAAAGAAAAGAAGUUGGGUUUGGGAUCAUUAUACAAUCUUACCUACUAAAUGCGGAUCAAAAGGCCAGUGUAAUGAGUUGACAAAAGAAGGCACAAUGUGUAAUCAUAUUAUUGAAACAGAUGGUAGUACUGGAAAUUUCAGUUAUCAUCUUCAAAGUAUACAUGGAGUUACGAAGUUCGGCAAAUUGAUAUUAGAUACUUCUCAUCUAUCAUUUGAUGAAAUGUUUCGUCAACAGUUUAAAAAUAAUGUUGAAUAUAAAAAGCAAGUCGAUGAAAUAGUAAUUGAAUUUCUCAUAUCUGAUUCGCAGUCAUUUUCUAUUUUAGAAAAUCCAGCAUUUAUAAAACUUCUAAAAAAACUUAAUCCAUAUUAUGAAACACCUUGUGAUAAAGGUAUUAAAACUCGAAUCUAUAUGUCUUAUGAUUGGAUGAUAGCUACUCUUAAAGAAAUCACUUUGGCUAUUCAUGAAAUAAAACACCCACAUACUGGGCAUGCAAUUGCUUCC